UUGCAUGCGACUCCACUUCGGAAAAACGGCAGAAUUGUGUUAAAAUGCCCGAGCCGGCUAAAUCCGCCCCCGCGCCCAAGAAGGGCUCCAAGAAGGCGGUGACCAAGACGCAGAAGAAGGGCGACAAGAAGCGCAAGAAGAGCCGCAAGGAGAGCUACUCCAUCUACGUGUACAAGGUGCUGAAGCAGGUGCACCCCGACACGGGCAUCUCGUCCAAGGCCAUGGGCAUCAUGAACUCCUUCGUCAACGACAUCUUCGAGCGCAUCGCCGGCGAGGCCUCGCGCCUGGCGCACUACAACAAGCGCUCCACCAUCACCUCGCGGGAGAUCCAGACGGCCGUGCGGCUGCUGCUGCCCGGUGAGCUGGCCAAGCACGCCGUCUCCGAGGGCACCAAGGCUGUCACCAAGUACACCAGCUCCAAGUAGAGUGUCUCGGACCGUCACUUCAAACCCAAAGGCUCUUUUAAGAGCCAUCCACAUACUCACUAUAAGAGCUUUAACACAGUACUGGUUCGUUGGUUUUGGAUGCUAAAAUUUAUUUGAGAUGGUAAAUAGAAUUUCCAAGUAACUUAAAUUCGUAGCAGAACAUGCAAUGACUGGUAGUUGUCUCUGGAAUCCAUGUGAAAGUAUAUAGCUUUAAGUCAAUAAUGUAUUAACUAUUACGUCAUAUAUGUUAACAUUAAAAUACUUUUCCAAUAAAUUAAGCAGUAUCGUUCAGCUUGUGCAGUACAGAUUUGAGAUGCAG